UUCCAAGGUAAAGUCCGUUUCCACCUUGUAGAACAGGGGUGCUGAAAGUUUUUUGCUCCAAGAUCUACUUUUAAAUGAGACAACCUCCCGCGAUCUACCUUAAGAGAGGAGGGUGAACUAAAAAAAAGAAAAAAAUUUAAAUGUACAGUUACAGUAAUUAUGCUUUGUGAGCAACAUAUGAGGUUAUGUUGCUCACAAAACACAAAUAACUGUGUACAUUAAAAAAAUAUAUAAAUAAAACAUGGACGGUAAAUUAUGUUUGCUCACAUAACAUAAUUAACUAUGUACAUUUAAAAAAAAAUUUUUUUUUUAAUUUUUUUUUUUUUUUUGAUGCUGCGAGUUACCCACACUAGCGUUACGAUCGACUGGUCGAUCGCGAUCGACGUAAUGCCCACCCCUGGUGUAGAAGGUCGCGAAGGACAGCGUGCUCACGGACUGCUGAUUAGCGGAAAAAGCUAACAGGCAACAUGGAUCCACGAGGAACAAAAGACAGUGCUGGUAGGACCAACCACUGAAGCCGAGAGAGAAAAUGAUGAAAUGAAAAAUGCGGACGCGUAUGCUGAAAUGAUACAACUUCUUGAUGAUGAAAGCCUCUCGUUAAUAAUGAGAGAUGCGACAAAUGACGGAACAAAAGCUCUGAAAAUAUUAAGAGAAUAUUAUGCUGGGAAGGGAAAACCCAGGAUUAUAAAUUUGUACACCAUGCUAACAUGUCUUCAAAAGGGAAACGAAGAAAGCAUAGCGGACUACAUAAUAAGAGCUGAGACCGCCAUCACAGCAUUGCGAAAUGCAGGUGAAACAUUGGGAGAUAGUCUACUUAUCGCAAUGGUCUUGAAGGGGCUGCCAGAAAGUUACAAGCCAUUUACAAUUCAUGUGGCGCAUACCGAUGAGAACAUGACAUUUGCAGAAUUCAAAACCAAACUCCGAAGUUUUGAAGAAACGGAAAAGUUAAAUGCAGCAGAAUCAAGCGACAGAGUGAUGAAGACUAAAGCAAGAGCUUCAAAGCAAACCACAAAAGCAAACGCUCGUGACCGGAUCAAAGACGACACAGAGUUGGUGUGCUUCAAAUGUGGCAUCAAAGUUCACCGUGCAAAAUCAUGUCGACAAAAGACAUGGUGUAGUCGGUGCAAAACGGACACGCACAAAGACACCACUUGCAGACGCAAGGAAACACCGGACGGAGCGGGAAAAAUUGCUGAAGAUGGAGAUCCUGACUUCGCAUUCAAGGUGAGCGAUGAACAGCCCGACACCAGGCGGCAGGAUACACACAGCAUCCGGGAACGAGGUCUGAUGGUGGACACGGGAGCGACAUCUCAUAUCACCACUGACGUGACCAAGUUCGAAAGCUUCCAGGAGACAUUCAAACCAGAAAACCACAGCGUCGAGUUGUCAGAUGGUACCCGGUGCAGUGGAGUCGCACUCAAAAUAGGAGAUGCGGAGUGCUACUUCAUGGACAACGGAUAAAAUUUUAGCUGAUAUCAUGACAAAACCUGUAACAAAGUUAAAAUUGAAGUUUGACAGUGUUAUUUUUGGAAUUUGAAAUGUAAAAUUUCAUUUGGUUGUUAAAAAGGGCAUCAACAUGAGAACAAGUGGGGGUGUUGAGAGAAAUGGUGGAGGAAAUGUUUUGUAUUCAUAAAUGUGUCCUCAGUUGAUGUGGAAAUGAUGCUCCUAUUGCUUGUUAUUAUUGACAUAUUAACUUUUUGCCACAAGAUGGCAGGAUGGGACUUAAUUGUCUAAAGUGCUACUUUUAUUACUUCCUCUUGUUUGACUUUGAUGACUUUGAUUUGUGGGAUUGCCUGUGAAGACAGCAAUGAGAGAGGAUGUAUCCACACGUCAAUGGAAAUUAAAUACGCCGAGUUUUGGCUAAAAGACAACUUAUUCUCCGUCAAUUCUUCCGACGAAUGCAACGUUGAGCUGCAACCACCUCAACAGUACUUCAUCAAUAUACGUAAUAUAAACGCUAAUUUUACUGUUUCUUUGCUUUUAACCAAGAAUUGAGACCGUUUUAUGUACCCAUCUAUGAAGAAUUCAGGGAUUUAUGCAUUUAUUAAGCUGUUUACAUAUGGCGGCCACUAGCCUCAUUCGCUAACAGUAUAUAGUGGUAUAUUGAUAAUAAAGGGCUAUAAUUCUAUA